CAUGACGGUUGAUUCUGCGAGUAUGCUGACUGGAUUGGCUGCAAACUUUCCUGGAGCAACUAAACUGGUGUUUACAGCAUCUCAUUCUGCUCAUGACAAAUUCCAAACACUCAGUCCUGAAUCAAAAGUAAAACUAGUCGAUGCUGCUUCGGCAUCUGCUGAUGUCGCUUGGAAAAGUUACCAAUGGCUUAGAAACGUAUAUGUCGCAGUUCUUUCAUGGGGAACUAAACCGCUGGAUCGAUGGCAUCAGCCAUCUGGGUUCAUCCUUCAUCUGUUGGCCAGUCUAAUUCUGUUUAUAUUGCCUGUGGAUGAUCUCUGGAUAACCACAGACAUUCCAAAAGGAAAAGUGGUGUAUGCUGGAAACCAGAAUAUCUAUGGCAUUGAUACGCUGUCUACACUGUCCAUCAUAUUCAAAAAGACUGGCGUGCUGCCAAGAGUGAUUGUACAGCCAAUGCAUUUCAAGAUUCCCAUAUGGAAACAUUUCAUUGAAUACAUGGGAGCCGUUUCAUGUGAACAUCCAGAGGCAAUCGACUACCUGAUGAGUCUUGAAUAUCCACUGUUUGUGUAUCCAGGCGGUGCUCGAGAGUUUUUUCGCAAAAAAAACGAAGAGAAAUACAGUUUGGAAUGGCGCCACAUUGAACUAUAUACUCGCAUUAUUGACGACCUAAAUACAUUUGCACCAAAGUACCAGUAUCUGGUGGUGCCAGUUGCGAGCAUUGGUGUAAAUGAUAUGCUCAAGAUUGUUUGGGAAUGUCCAUGGAAUGUAUAUAAUCUGAUGAAAAAGGUGUCGAUUGUACGGCCCGUGUCAUACGAGCGACAGUAUGUGACGGUGCAAAUGCCGAUUCUACUGCAUCAAGGCAAGUAUGACGAUGUGUAUGUCCAAGAAACGCUUGAAAAAGGGAUUCAAGACACGAUUGUUCGACGGGACAAGGCUGGCAAAAAGCGAUACAUGUUGCGCAAAGUCAGCAAAACACUUGGAUAUAUAUUCCACAAAGACGGGAUCGUGAUGCGGUCGUGGUGGUUUGUGUUUGACGUGGUGCAGUUUAGAGUGAUGCAUUUACUGGUAUACAUAUUGUAUAAAUUACAGGAUUCUGAAGAGAUGCGCGAUCGUGACGACUAUGAUACUGAUUCAGAUGUACUUUCAUCUGGCAAAACUAUGUCAGAAUCUGAGCCGGUUGUCAGUGAUGUGCCAUUGACAGACGAGUCACCAAAACAAAUGCAUCCAAUGCAUCAUGCCAAGGACAGAUUCCUGAAACUAUUUGGUUUGAACCAACAACAAAAGUAGGCAUCAUCACUGUAGUUGGACUGUAUUUGCACUAUACUUGAGCUGUCAAUCUAUUGGAUGUUGUUGUAACUCGUUUAAAUAAACUGCUGGCUGUUAUUGUUAU